CUGCCACGCGCCAAGACUUCAGCAUAUAGAAAGGCUUCUAUGCCUCUGAGCUAGCUUCAAUCUUAUCGUCUGAAUUCAUGAUGCAGUCUAGUCCUCUGCGUAUCCAGCCUUUCGCGCCGACGCCGUAUCUACCAACUCAAACACCAAUUGCGCGCAUCUCGCUUGAUGAGGAUGUGAAGCUUGUGACUGGCGGUACUGGUGAGCGAGAUGCGUACGACACACUUGCUGUCAUCUAUGGCAUUCUCGUAUCUCUGGAGUUCCUAGAACGGGCUUAUGUGCGUGAUGCAGUCACGCUGGAGCAAUAUGAUGCGGCUUGCUUGCGCCUGUUGAGCCAGUACCGUACGGGUCUUACUACUACUCCAAGAGUGGCCGAUGCCUUUGAGAAUGGUCUCGAUGGCUUCAUGGCAAAAUAUAGAGUCAGCUUCCCACUCGCGGCUGCCCGCAUUCGUCAAGGUCAACCUGCCGGCUUGUUAACCGAGUCUAUUCAAUCUGCACAGCAGGAAGAAGCACGCGCCGCAGAAUUGGCCGCUGCAGAAGCUGAACAAAAAGCAGCGCAGCUUGCGGAAGAAAAGCAGCGCAAGGAGAAGCAAGUGAAGAAGGCUGCUAUGAGGAGUAAGAAAGGCAGUGCUGCUGCACGAGUGGCAGAGACAGUGCAGUGUUUCAUCACACUCAUGGAUGCCUUGAAACUAUCCUUUCGUGCCAAGGAUCAACUACAUCCACUGCUUGCCGAUCUCAUGACUUCCUUUGAUGAGGAACAAGAGGAGACCAUUCCCGACUUCCCAGGGAAGCCGAAGCUCGUCAAGUGGCUCAUUCGGACUAAUCAGAUGAAGGCAAGCGAAGAGCUCUCUGAGGAAGAGGUCCGUGAUUUGUUCUUUGAAAUUGAGAGCAUGUAUGCAGAG